GUACGUGGCCGUUGGAAACGAACCUUUUCUAAAGACAUACAAAGCCAGUUACCUUGGAACGACAUUUCCGGCUCUCCAAAAUAUACAAGCUGCCCUGAUCAAAGCUGGUUUAGGGCGUCAGGUCAAGGUUACCGUCCCUCUAAAUGCAGAUGUCUACCAGACAGACAGCGAUCUACCCUCGGGUGGUAAUUUUCGAUCCGACAUACAUGAUCUCAUGAUCUCCAUCGUCAAAUUCCUUAGCGACAAUGCUGCCCCCCUCACCAUCAACAUCUACCCAUUCCUCAGUCUAUAUGCCGACCCCCAUUUCCCAGUUGGCUAUGCCUUCUUCUCUGACAAUUCUUCUCCUGUUGUCGAUGGCCCCAUCACUUACACCAAUGUCUUUGAAGCCAAUUACGACACCCUCAUUUGGGCUCUUGAGAAAAAUGGCUUUGCAUCGAUGCCCGUCAUCAUAGGCGAGGUCGGAUGGCCAACGGAUGGUGACCCUAAUGCAAACAUAGGCUAUGCUCGUAGGUUCAAUCAAGGUCUCCUCAACCGCAUCAUUCAAGGCCAAGGCACCCCCAAAAGGCGAAACCCACCAGACAUUUACCUGUUCGCACUCCUCGAUGAGGACGCCAAAAGCAUCCAACCUGGGAAUUUUGAGCGACACUGGGGCAUCUUUAAAUACGAUGGAACCAUCAAGUACCAACUGAACAUGGGAAACAAUAGAACUCUAGCCCCUGCCAAGGGUGUCCGGUAUUUGGCGAGGCAAUGGUGUAUUAUGGCACCUGAAGCAAGCAACUCCGACCCCAAUCUGCCACAGAGCAUCAACUAUGCUUGCACCUACGCCGAUUGCACGAGUCUGGGAUACAGAUCCUCGUGUGGCGGGCUAGAUGUUAGGAGCAAUGCUUCGUAUGCUUUCAACAUGUAUUAUCAGACAAUGAACCAACAGAGAGGUGCAUGUGAACAAUUCCACAACUUAUCGACGACGACAACCAUUGAUCCAUCUGGAAGCAGUGUUUGUAGAUUCGAGAUCAUGAUCGACCUGGGAAGACAUGAGCAAACUCAAAACCCAAACACAUCGUCAUCUGGAAGAAAGCGAAGACCAGUUACAAGCGUAGCGUUUCUAUUGGCAUUGAUCAUUGGUGGUGUUCUCUGAGCUCUAAAAUUGUCCACUUUCCAUUGACUUUGUGCCCGGAGAUGGGAGUCAAUGUGUUUUCAAAAAGGUCCGAGGGUCUCUUUACUAUUAGAGCAAUCCAAUCCAUAGGGAAUGCCAUUGAUAUUUAUACCAUAGAAAAGACUCCACUGUUGUGUUAGGUCCUUUUCGGUUUGGGGUUUUAUAUCCUUAUGGUGGUAAAUCGUUAAGGAUUGUGUGAUGGAAGGUGAUGUGGUAAGCAAGUUUCAUUCGCGGAACUUGUCAUUUGUACUUACUAACUUAUAUAAUAAGGGACAAUGAAUUUUGAAUUUUUAGAGAAAAAGUAAAACUCA